UGCUGUUUAGCACGUGUUUUGUUUACACGAUUAGUUUCAGAAAUAGAAAAUUACCAAACUAAAUAAAUGAAAAGGCUAUUAUUAUCGUUUUUCCUUUAUCGAACAGCUAGAUUAAAAAUAAAUAAGCAAAAAGUAGGUUUGGAGGAGAAGAUCAUGAACCUAAUCAAAGGUGCUCGAAUCCGUAAUCUAAUCAACUCAUGAAUUGGGACGUAAUCUUAGCUUUCUGCGGUAUUUUUGGCAAUUGGCAUUCAGAUUCCUGUAAUGAUUAUGAGUUCUGCUCUUACGUUCAGAUGAUUGUGUAUUGUCACAGACGGACAGGAAGUUACUCGCUAAUACUAAAUUAUCGGCAUGGAUCAAAACGAUCGGAGUACAGAACUCAAUUUGAAGCACAACUCCUCUCCAGAUUCUCCAUUCUCAGACUGCAACCCGAAUUCCGAUAUUCCGACAUUUAAAUUUGAGAAUGAAGACAGAGGUGAAGUAUCCGAGAACAGACGUAAUGGAUCGGCCACUUCAAAUAACGCAGAUGUGGCAGAAGAUGCAUCUCAACAUCUCACCGUUCCAUCUAAAGACCCUCGCAUGCUGCGUUCUUCUUCGUUGAAAAUUGGUAAAUCUUCUGCUGAUGGUGCUUCGAGUGAUAAAAAGAUCGUUCGAUUCGCAGAUGCAAUGGGUUUAGAUUUAGUAGACGUCAAAGUCUUCACAAACGAUGGGAGUCUUCCUAAUAUACCCCCAUGCGCUUUCAAUGACCUGAUGGUGAAUUUAAACAAUGACAAAAAGCCUCUUUUAUCACAAGACCCAACCCAAGACAAAUAUGUACUUGUUCCUCAGUUUGAACAACCAGGAUCUGGUGCGAAUUUUAUAAAUCGAGUGAAAGACCAAAAGGUGUGCUUAGAAAAUGUGAUUAUACUCGAUCUACAAGUGACUGGAAUAGUGAGGAUAUCAAAUCUGCAUUAUAAGAAAGUAAUUAUAGUGCGAUACACGACAGAUAAUUGGAAUUCUGUACUAGAACAGCCUGCGAUAUAUGUGGAAGGAUCAUCCGACACAGUCACGGACAAAUUCAAAUUCACCAUUCAUCCCCGUCACAUGAAGCCUGGUGAUAAAUUGAUUUUUGUAUUGAAAUACGAAGUUUUAGACCAAGAGUUCUGGGACAACAAUAACUCCAAUAAUUACACAUUACUGUGCAAAGCAAAAAGAUCGAAGUAAAUAUUGCAAUCAUAUGGUACGCAAGAAAAGCAUAAUGUACAAACUGGUUGGUGUAAUGUAUUUUGAAUAUUAUACUUUGUUACAUGAACUGCUUUUAAGACUAUUUGUUUUAAGUCAUCAAGACAAUUUGCCUUGGUUUUUUUUAAGUCAUAUUGAAAUCUGGACAUAUUGCUUCGGUUCUUUUUUUAUAUAAAAUGUUUUUA